GCCGCCGCCGCCGCCUCUCCGCGCCGGGCCCCGCCGCCCCCCCUGCGGGAGAUGGAACAGCGGAACCAGCUCGGCGCCCCCGGAUACCUGCCUCCCCUGCUGCUGCACGCCCUGCUGCUCUUCGUCGCCGACGCUACAUUUACCGAAGUCCCCAAAGAUGUAACAGUGCGGGAAGGAGACGACAUCGAAAUGCCCUGCGCGUUCCGGGCCAGCGGAGCCACCUCGUACUCACUAGAGAUUCAGUGGUGGUACCUUAGGGAGCUGCCACACGAGCUGGCGCUCAGCGUGCCAGGCGCCCGGAGCAAGGUAACAAAUAAGGAUGCAACCAAAAUCAGCACCGUUCGCGUGCAGGGCAACGACAUCUCGCACCGGCUCCGGCUGUCGGCCGUGCGCGCGCAGGACGAGGGCGUGUACGAGUGCCGCGUGUCGGACUUCAGCGACGACGACACGCAGGAGCACCGGGCCCAGGCGCUGCUGCGCGUGCUGUCGCGCUUCCCGCCGCCCCACAUGCAGGCGGCCGAGGCCGUGUCCCACAUCCAGAGCAGCGGGCCCCGGCGGCCGGGAGGCGGCGGCGUCCCCGGCGCGGUCAGCGCCUCCAGCAGCAGCGGCAGCGGCAGUGGCAGCGCGGCGGGGGACCGCACCACCUCCGAGCCCGGGCGGGGCGACCGCAGCGCACUCCCCGAGAGCCCUCCCGCGGUCCCCGGGCCCGGAGACCCCGAGGCCGCCGCCUCCUCCUCCUCCUCCUCCUCCUCCUUCUCUUCGUCCUCCUCCUCCUCCGCGGCACACUCCGCCGCCACCACCGUCGCGGCAGCGGCUGCGGCUUCGUCUGCAUCGCCACCGCCGGGCCGGGCGGUCCUCCUGCGGCAGAGGCACGGCUCCGGAGGAAAUAAACCUGGCAGAAGGUGUCCUGGAGAAGAGGUGGAGUGUCCCCAAGGAGAAAAAUGAAAGAAUUUCAGGAAGAGUGUCAGACGCUCACAGCUGACAAGGGGUAACUGCACCAUUGCAGACAAUAUCAGCAACAGAAGACCCUCUCCCGCCCAGCCAGGCACUGGCAUGCUGCCCAACAAGGCCCAAGCUUGCCAUGAGUGGGAAUCGAAGAUGGCAGCCAUCAGCUCAUACUGCGGCUAUCAGGGGAGGCUUCCUGGAGGUGGCAAGCAUGUGAUUCCAGGCUGCAGAGAAUCCCCUGAGGCUGAUGUGCCCUCCAAGCUGUCCAGAAUGGCUCUGGAUGCCUUCCUCAGUUCCCUGCCCUACUCCGAGAGGACUGAGGUGGUCACAUGAAAUGGAAUGGCCUUGGUCCUUCACACCUACCAUGGAGUGGCCACUUGGCACACAGCUCAGCCUCUCUGUCGGUAUUAGAGAGCUCCAAGGAAAACCAGCUGCUCUUGGGUUGGAAUAGUGAUGUGGAGUAAUUACAUGCGUAAAAAACAUAAUGCCGUUUUUAUGGCACGCGCAUUGCUGGCCCGCCGUGCCCGCCUCUCUCUGCCUGUGGUUCUCCUGAACUCAGCCUGCUUCACAUCACUCCCUGAGGACCAAGCCCCCUCCCCUGCUUGCAGCUGGGGGCCAGGCUCCUUCCUCCGGCCGGAGCGUCAGCCCCCGAGAGAAGAGUGAGCGCCAGCCUUUCUAAAUGUCACCAGGAGCCAAAGCCACUAAGGAGCGUCUCAUUACAUACAUUAAAUACGCCAGGCACACGUUUUCAAAGCUCUGAAUAUUAAGGAUUCCCCAAGCAUCCGCAGGGGUGA